AUGCCCUUGAACGGUACUGCCGGCACUGGUGCUCCGCCACCGAGCGCGCAUCCGCAGGCUGAGACAGCUUCGUGCACCAGGAACAGCACCACCGGUCUUACGGAGCACCCUGCGGUGUCGAUAGCUCACGGUGAAGCCCACGCACGCGACCUUCUUCAACACCUGCCAGGCCACCGUAUCCUCGUCACUGGUGGCUGCGGCUUCAUCGGUAGCGCCUUCAUCCGCUACUUACUCAUGUACGCUCCGGCGUCGGUGCACGUGUUUAACCUGGAUACGCUCGAGUACUGCGCCGGUGUCGACGCAGUACUCGGACCCCUCGCUGCGACGAGAGAUGAUGAUCGCGCAGCCUCGGACAGUUGCGCGUCGGCGUCGGAGGGUGCGAUCGGCACUGUCGCCUCUUGCUCCUUGCCCUGUGAUGUCUCACCAGUAUCACGCUACCAUUUCAUUGCUGGCUCUAUCCUGGAUGCGACCCUUGUGCUGGACGCGCUGCGCACCCAUCACAUUGACGUUAUUGUGCACAUGGCCGCACAGACGCACGUCGACAGAAGCUUCUCCAGAAGCGUACUCUUCACUCAGGUGAACGUCGUGGGCACGCACACGCUACUGGAGUGCGCGCGGGAGUACGGACAGCUGACGCGCUUCUUACACGUUAGCACAGACGAGGUAUACGGUGAAACCCCCGCGACAGCGCAGCCGGCCAACGAGGCUUCGAGAGUGCUGUGCCCAACGAACCCGUACGCGGCGACGAAGGCCGCAGCGGAGCACCUCGUCUCCGCCUAUUAUCACUCAUUCAAGGUGCCCGUGCUCAUCUCGCGCGGCAACAAUGCCUUCGGGCCAGGCCAGUAUCCUGAGAAGGUGAUCCCAAGCUUCAUCGUGCAUGCGCUGCGCCAGGAGCGGCUGCCGAUCCACGGUGAUGGCCAUCAUCAACGCAGCUUCCUCUAUGUAGACGACGUGGCCAGUGCAUUGUGCACCAUUCUCGUGCGCGGCGGCGUCGGUGAAGUCUACAACAUCACCAGCAAGAGGGAGUUGUCUGUGCACGAGGUCGCGCAGCGUGUCGUCGCAUGUGUCGCCGGUGACGACCACGACAAGGUGAUCGCUGCCUCUCGCGCGGACUUCGAUGCCUCCUAUGUACGCUACGUAGCGGAUCGCGCCUACAAUGACGCGCGGUACUGCACCGAAAGCGAGAAGCUGGCGGCGCAGGGCUGGGCGCCGGAGGUCUCGUUCGAAGAGGGGCUGCGCCGUACCGUCGCCUGGUAUCGCAAGCAUCCUUUGGAGACUGGCGGGUACUGGAGAGGUGCAGGUGAGGCUGGCGCCACAGCUCCUUGCAGCGACUAG